AUGAUUAUGGAUGAUAAAAUCUAAAGAAUUUUACAAAUGAAUGACUUCUAACGUUCCUCCGACAUUCGUAAAAUCUCUCAAUCCCAAGUGACAGAAAACACGAAUAAGACUUAUUCUAUCACAGUUACUAAUCAAUCCAAACCCAAAAGGAGGAAGGUUGUCAAAUUAAAGAAUCAUUUACUCUAGUCACAUGUAAGUCCAGAUAUUUAAAAACUAUAUUAUUAAACCAAAAAGAAUGAAGACUCCACUCAACAUAAUCAAACCGAAUAAACAAAAUCCAUCAAUUUACCCUCAAUCUCUGAUCAAUCAAAUAAAGGCAAUCUGAAUGAAUUUAUCGCUCUUGUUCUGGAAGUGUUCCCUCCUGAUCAUCAACUAUGGAUGGAUCUAUAAAUUAAGGAUUAACAAUUAGAAGAAGUUAUUGCUCAAAAUUAAAAUUAUUUCUCUGAUCUACUAAUGCUCUAUAUCCAAGAGAUGGAAAUUCGCUAACUCAAGGAUAAAAAACUAGGAUACAAAGGAAAAUACACUACCUAAUACAGUGAAGAUUUCAGUGAUAAAAUAAAUAAAGACAACACAUCAAUUAAUCGAUGGAUUUAUGAUCGAAUCAAAUAAUCAAACACAUUUCUAUAAAACAUUAGUACUUACAAUCAACAUUACAUUCCAAAACGUUACGAUAAGAUUGGCAAUUUCAAACCGGACCAUAAACCUAACUUAAAUGAAAUAUCUUGUCUCUCCUCUUAUGCUGUCAAUUAUAGAGACUGGAAGAAAUAAUAUCAUGGUCUCAUUGGUCCCAUUAAUUCCUCUAGCGAGAAGAAACUACCAUUUGUAGCUGAAACCAAUUACACUCGAAAUUUCGUCACACAAAAAUAUGAAAAACAAGAUCCUAUCAUCCCUAAAUAAUUAGGUCCAUUCCCAAAUCAACCAAAAACUCUGAUUCGAGAUACUACACACAAAUCCUAGUUUUGUUUACCCUAAUAAGAUAAUUCAUCCACUUAGAAUUUGGUUUAUAGUCAAAGAACCAAUCAUAUCAAAAGUUUUGAUGGGUAUUAACCACACUACAAUAAAUAAUCUACAAUUUCCAAUCAGGGUGAGGACUUUGCUGAUCGUUUCUAUCACUCUUCGAUUGUUUAAAAAUUAAUGAAAAAAAGUUAGAAAUAAUAAAAUAAUUGA